UAUGAACCCAUGGCAAAAGACUAAAGAAUCAGGGCAUGAACACAUUAGGAGUCAUUGUGUGGGGACCAUGAGAUCCCAGACUGGAUCCAUGAGGUCAACCCCACGCUGCAAGUGAGGUUAAAAAAAAAUUGCCAUCACAUUUCUCAGAGCUCAAUGUGAUGUCUUCAAAUUCCAUUUGUUUUCUUAUUUAACAUUAAAACAAAAAAAUAUCAAAUCAUCACAUUUAAAAACACUGAAUAACAAUGUUUGGUUUGCAUCUUUAAAUUGGAUGAUACCAUUUCCCUGUAUGUUGAUGAAGCAAAUCAGUCAUUUGUAAAUGAGCAGCACCCUUUCUGUGUCGCACAUCAGCGACUAACAUAGUACGUGAUUAAGCAGCCUCUUAGACGGUUUAUGUCAACAGCCUACAAAUGGCACUUCAACUCAUUCCCUGGCAGUUAUCCCCCUUUAUCAUGACUGGUGUUUACUAGAAGCCCCCCAGCCUCCCUCUCCCUCUGACCAGGGUGGAUGUCAACACUAUCUUAAAGGGGGCAGCAUCUGAGUGUGUGGGGGUGACAACAGUUGCAGAGGUUACUGGCUGUCAAGACUUGAGACAUGAGCUGUAUCAUAGGAUUGUCACAGGUUAGUGGGUGGCCCCUGACCAGUGGGCUGCUCAUCUUCCAGGUCUCGUCACUGAAGCUAAGCCUCUUAAAAUAGGCAGACAGAGAGUAUAAAGAGACCCACUGGCCCUCCGAGCAACAGCUCCUAUGUCAACACACUGAACAGCAAGAGCAUAACAGACUGAUCUUUCUGCAGGUCCACAACUGACAUCUCUCCGAAAAUCUGCUCUGGUCUCUGAGAUUUCAAGGAGUCAAAUUUCAUUGUUGUAAAAGUCUUGUCGGAAUUUAUCUGAUAUUCUGCAAAAACAAAGGGAAGACUGAAUUUGACUAGGAUGAGGUAUCAGUGCCCUGUGUCCCAGACCAUGGGAAUAAAGACUUACCCCAAGGACUGUGGAGUCCCAGUCAGCUGCAAGAGAUCUGUUUCUUUGAAGGAGACCCGCAGUGUCCACUUCUCCAAUGAUAUCGUUUUUCAGGACUAUGUGCGCCACGGCGAGCUGGAGAGGAUUGGACUUUUCAUCAGAGCCAGGAGAGUCUCCCUGGACACCAUCUACCACUCUGGUAUGGCUGCAAUUCACGAGUCUGUCCUGUCUGGGAACCUGGAGUGUGUCAAACUGCUGGUCCAUCACGGAGCAGAUAUCCUCCAGCGAGACGAGGAUGGAUGGACCCCUCUGCACAUGGCCUGCAGCGACAGUUUCCCACACAUUGCACGCUACCUUCUGUCGCUGGGUGCUGACCCAGAGCUGGAGAACGACUGUGGGGAGAAGCCGGCUGACCUCAUCGACCCGGACAACAAGGAGCUGCUGGAGCUCUUUGGGCUGGCGGUGAACGACUGAACACCCUGGGCUUUUAAAGCUACCAACUCUAACGCCCAGUCGUCUGACUGCGCUGCAGCCAUAGACAGAAAAGGCCACGUCAGCCCAGCAUUCUGAGUUUGUGAGCUGCCUCAGCUCAGGAGGUCAAGGACUGUGGAUGUCUGUUGGAUGGAGGGCUGACAGAGACAGUAGGCUGCCUCCAGAGUGGACUGAACUUUUGCCGGUAGCGGCUCCUCUCUGAUCCCUAGAUCUGAGAUUUGUGAACUGAAGGAAUCGUAUGAUGUGGAGUUGCUGAUGUUAUUUGGCACGUCACUGGAAUUAAGAGGGUUUGUGAAACCUGAAGCUGUUGUUGCUGCUCAGCUCAUUUGCACCUCUCUGACAAUCUGUCGGCCACCAUUAUAAAAACCAAACAGGCUUGUGUUGUCUGACUUGGUAACACAGUUGUUUACAGUUGAUCAGAAGGAUGUUUUUCUAUUGU